AUUUGGUCACGCCAACAUUUGGGAAGUAAUAAGGGGAAUUUUUUGCAGGAUAUCGAUGCAUCGGAAUGUGGUUCGCCUACAAUGAGGCAACCGAUCCCGAUUUCCGAAUGUUAUUUUUACGUAAAAGGAACUGCAGUAAUUCUACUGCAGCCCGAUCGAACGAACGUAACUCAUCAGAAUGCUGGUGGUGAAAUCGAGCAGCAUCUACAGGCGAUGCUUAACAUAUUGCCACCACAAGAUACACUAACAAUGGCUGUACGUUUGCAGUCUGAAGCACUCACUACAAUAAAUCAUGCCCGUUACUUGGCUAUUGUAGCCUCCACUCAUCAACCAUUGAAUAACUUGCAAAAUGUGCGUGAAGUAGUCUUACUUGGUAUCGAUUGCUUACCGAGCAAUAAAGUCACCAUUGGUGUAGCGAUCCCGAUUUAUGCAUCCACACGAGUGCGGCUAGAUGGCGAUGGUGGAGUGGUUGUUGAUUUUGAUUCAUCACUACACAUAUUCCGUCCUGUUUCCGUACAAGCCAUGUGGACAAUGUUUCAACGUCUACAGAAAGUAAAAAUUGUUCACUUUCUUGUAAAAAAAACAGAAGCACAGAUAUAUGAUAAGUUAAAAGAAGUGAUGCAAACGGUCGACUUGGACGAAGUAACCAGCAGAGAUAUUCGCCUGAAGGUCAGCCAGUCGAAGAAAGUUUGGGAAUGA